AAAACGAAUUGGGUGGGCUGAAAGAUGAGGCGGAGAGAGAAUCGAAGGAAGACGUGAGAACUUCACUUCGCCGGAGAGAGGCAUUGAAAGCCACACAAAGAAGAGAAAUCUCUGUCUUUAAUGGCUGCUGCCUCUUCAGCUAGGGUUUUUCUUACAUCACACCUUACAGACCUCUCACUGAAGCCACAUCAACAUCUUCCUCACCCACCCCCUCCUUUUACCAACCACCUCCUCAUCCGCCCGUUGCUUCCUUCUAUUUCCGCUUCCGGCAGACGGCGUUCUUCUAUCAACUGCCUUAUUUCCGGCGUUGAUGGCGGCGGUGUUUCUGACGACUUUGUUUCCACCAGGAAAUCCGAUGGUUUCGGCAGCGAAUUUUCCGUUAUUGCUAAUAUGCUCAAGCGAAUUGAACCGUUGGAUACUUCCGUUAUAUCUAAAGGCGUUUCGGAUUCUGCUAAGGACUCUAUGAAGCAGACGAUUUCUACUAUGUUAGGCUUGCUCCCCUCCGAUCAAUUCUCCGUCACCGUUCACUUCUCCAAACGCCCUCUCGAUCGCCUCAUUGUUUCUUCUAUAAUUACCGGGUAUACGUUGUGGAAUGCGGAGUACAGGAUAUCGUUGAUGAGGAAUUUUGAUAUUCCGUCAGAUAAUUUGAAAGGCUUGAACUUGGCGGAGGACAAUGUGAAUUUAGGGUCGAAGAGUGAGGAGAAAAGUGAAAAUAUGUCUUCUGCAGUUUCAGAGAGAAUAAAUGCUCAAGCUCUUGGGGAUUUAUCUCCUGAAGCUUUGAGCUAUAUUCAGCAAUUAGAAGAAGAGCUCUCAUCUGUUAAACAGGAACUGCAAUCCCAGCAACAAGAAAAUUUGCAAAUGGAGUAUAUCAACGAAAGCAACAAUGAUUUGCUGGAAUACCUUCGGUCAUUGGAAUCUGACAUGGUGACUGAACUAUCUAGACCAUCAUCCUUUGAGGUGGAGGAGAUUAUUAAGCAGCUUGCUCAAAACAUAUUGCAAAGAUUUUUCACAGAGGACGAUGUUACCAAUGACGAAGAUCCUAAUCUUAGUGGUGCCAAAAACUACCAAAACCAAAGUAAUGACACCGAAUUCUGCGACUCAACAGGCACUUCUCGGGAUUACUUGGCAAAGCUACUUUUUUGGUGUAUGUUAUUGGGACAUCAUUUGAGAGGAUUGGAGAACAGAUUGCAUCUAAGUUGUGUUGUUGGCUUGUUAUGAUCUUGGAAAGUACAAAGAGGGAUGUAUAUUCUUCUUUUCUUUUCCUCUCCCCAUCUCCUUUUCUCUGUCUAGUUCAAUUCUUUCCUGUUAUUUAUAUAAGAAUAAUCCACAUAUCCUGUAAAAUUUUGUACGAAUUGUAUGGAAGGGUGUACUGUUGAGAAUGAUAAAUCCAUUUCUCAGAGCCUCUUUGACUUCA